UGUUGACCAUCAAAAUCAAAACCCCUCUGUAAAUUAGGGUUUUGGCCUUCUGGGUCGCGCUCUUCUUCUUCAUUCACUGCAGUACUCCGGUGCCGACCAACAAACACCGAGAUAAACAGAAAAAUGUGGAGAUCUAUAACUGUGAAAUUACACAGACGGGUAGCAUGUAAUUUAACAGGAACCCUAACCGCCUCCGGCAAGGUAACUCAAUCUCAAUUCUCCAAUCAAAUUCCAUUAUUUCCCAAUCAUCAUAUUCAAACCCUUAAUAUUCGUUUUCUGUCUAAUUCAUCUCAAUACACCACUGCUGCUGCUACGGACACUGACACUGACCACUCCUCACUAGUUUCUCGUUCUUCUUUAAACCCUAAUGAUAAUGAUGAAACCAAUUUUACUCACACCCAUUUGGAAAAAAUUGAUACUCAGUUAGAAAUUCCUUCCAAUUUUAGCGAAAAUGGCGAUACCCAGUUGGAAAGUGAUGAUCUUUCUCGUCCGCUCACAAUGAGUUUACCUGAAGAUGUUGGUAGUUAUCAAAUUGAUUCUGUUAAGUUAGAGAAUGUGCUGUCUUUGUUGCAAAGUAGUACCGAUGCGACAUUGGAGUCUACUCUUGAUCAAAUGGGUUUGAUUUUACAUGAAGAUUUUGUUCUUAAAGUGCUUCAAACGCCUCUUGUUUUGGGGGAUAAUUUGAUUAAGUUUUUUAAUUGGGCUAUGAAGAACUCGGAUAUUACUGUCUCUACGACUUUAGUUGAUGCCCUUGUUCGAGCUAUAUGUAGCGAGCUUAGGAAGCGGGAUGCGUAUGCCUUGUGGGAUUUAGUUAAGGAUAUCGGUGAGAAGGAAAAUUCUGUGCUUAAUGUCGACAUGCUUAAUCAGUUGAUUGCUUUGUUUUCUAAGUUGGGUAAAGGGAAAGCGGCUUUUGAGGUAUUCAACAAGUUUGAGGACUUCGGGUGCGUUCCUGAUUUGGAGACCUAUUAUUUUACUAUUGAAGCACUUUGUAGGCGAUCCUUUUUUGAUUGGGCUGCAUCUGUUGGUGAAAAGAUGCUCAGUGCAGAAGCCUUGCCCGACUCUGAGAAAAUUGGUAAGAUCAUAUGCUGGUUCUGUAAAGGAGAUAAGGCAAAUGAUGCCCACAUGGUGUAUAUGUUGGCCAAAGAGAAGAACCAGUAUCCACCUCAGUCUUCGGUUAAUUUCUUGAUUAGUUUGCUCUGCAAGAAGGAUGACACAGUCAAGUUAGCUGUGGAAAUGUUGGAUGAUUUCUCUGGUUCAACACGGAAGUAUGCAAUCAAGCCUUUUUCGUCUGUUAUUCACGGUUUGUGUAGGAUCAAAGAUUUGGAUGGGGCAAAAUUAUUGCUUUCUAAGAUGAUUGAUGAGGGACCACCGCCUAGUAAUGCAGUGUUCAAUUCCAUCAUCAAUGCCUAUUCCAAGAGCGGAGAUAUGAAUGAGGCAUUAGAGAUGAAAAAAUUGAUGGAAAAGAGGGGGUUGAAACCAGAUCUGUUCACUUAUACUGUGAUAAUGAGUGGUUAUGCUAGUGGUGGCCAGAUGGAAGAGGCUUCAAAAUUACUAUCAGAAGCCAAAAAGAAGCACUCUAAGCUCAGCCCUGUGAUUUACCAUACACUGGUUCGAGGGUAUUCCAAACUUGAACAGUUCGACAAGGCCUUGAGUUUGUUAGAAGAGAUGAAGAAAUUUGGGGUUCAGGUCAAUUCAGAUGAGUACAAUAAGCUGAUACAAUCUCUAUGCUUAAAGGCCUUAGAUUGGGAAACAUCAGAGAAGUUGUUGGAGAAAAUGAAGGAGGACGGAUUGCACCUAAAUGGAAUCACCCGAGGCCUUAUAAGAGCAGUUAAAGAGCUGGAGUUGGAGGGAAUUGAGAAAGAAUCAAGUGUCGAAGCUUAAAGUGUGGAUUCAGCUUACAGAUGUUUAAGUAAUAAAGCAGUUUUUGAUGCUGUUAUGCAGCUUGAGAGGAUGAAAUCAGGCGCAAUGAUGCGGUUUCUUGGAAAGCGUAGUAAGCUACAUGAUCAAUCAAUCCGUAUGAAGCUGAGAUACCAAGUCGUGUCGUGUUAAACAUAACCGCCAUUGGGUCAAUACUUAUUGAGUGGAAUGGUUCUUGAAGGAUAAAGCUAAAGGCUGCUGUCGAGUAUGUAGUGAUUGGUGCCUUGUUUGAGAUUCUUUUAUGUUAAAAACGAAGAAAGGUGCACUAUGUUUUAUCUUUCGAUGCCAAUCGAAUCAAAUGAAUAGAUUCUUACCCUUUUUUGGUUGUUAUCUGAUCUCCGGCCUUGGUGUUGCAGUAGGGUGUGUACUCUUGAAACAUUUAAUCUGAAAAUUGAUAUACACUGAUGCAUACAGAGAUGCCUCAACAUUUUGUUGAACAUUAAUGGUCUGAAAUAUGAGAAGGAGGGGCAUGUUAGUACUCA